AUGAACAAGCUAGAGGAGAGAAAAUGGAGCAUCUACAAUCAGCCGGUGCGCUUCGUGCAUGUGUGCAAGUGCACAUGCUUUACAACUAAUGUAACUCUCAUUCCCAUAUACUGGCCCAAGGAUGGUCGCAAUCUCUGUAGCACCUGCACGAAGAACUUUUGUGUCGAGCAGGUCGAGGGUUGUCGAGGUGCGCAAAUUGUUGAAACGAAUAGCGACACAGCCACAGGAUUCGAGGGUCAAGUGUGGGCAAAAUGCUUUGGUGUGUAA